AUGAAAGACUUGUCUCCAAACCUGACUUUCUGCAUUGAAAACGAAGAUCACACCCUAGGCAAUGUAGUUAGGACUAUACUUUCAAAAAAAAAAGACGUAUCAUUUGCGGGCUAUACCAUGCCGCACCCAAUGCAAUACCAAGUAAAUAUCAGGGUCCAGACUACUGGCAAACCAGCUAUACAAGCCAUGGUUGAAAGCUUGGACGAAAUGCAACAGGUUUGCGAUCAAAUACUUGGAGAAUUCAAUCGGGCACUCAAUACUGGCUGA